AUGUCCGUUAUUGUGGAUAACUCUCACUGCCCUCUUAUUUUCACAAGUUGCCGGAAGCCAGACCCUCUGACGGUCGCAAUCCAUUUCAAGAAUGGCACCACGCGAGACCUUGGGAAGUUUGAUGGAACGCCAGAAUAUCUAUUAGCUAUGAGAGCCCUUGCUGAAGAUGCACAAAAUGUGCGAAAUGGCAUGAAGUCAUCAUUGAAAGAAAUCCAUUUCUCAACACCUCAUAAGCCAUUAAAUCCUCCUAGAGAAUACUGGUGGUCUCCUUAUACAUGGUAUAGAUCAGCUCAAAGAAUGCCUCAACUAUCCGAAGAGCAAUCUAGAUUGAGGGAUGUCGGACAUUUGGCUGACGAUUCCUUUAAAGCUAUCGCUGAUAUGCUAUCUAGAGUCAAGAGCUCUGCAAUGAACAACAUUGAUCCACCGCUUGACUAUAAUUAUGUUCUUGUUACCCGGCCUGACUUUGAGCAAGGAUAUAUGCAUAAUGAUGGAUUCCGCCUGGCAUGUUAUUUGGCAGGGUUAGACAAUUUACCUUGGGGUAAUAUCGUGUCUGGUUACGCUUUACGAUAUGAAGGAGUAGAUAACGCCUGUGAUGACGAGGGGUGGGGGAAAUAUUGCGACUUAUCGAAGCCAAAUCUACCCACUCUUCUUGUGGUAAGCUACAAUGCAGCUAGUCUUGGUGUGACUCUAAACACAAGGUUCUUGGGCUUGAUGCCAUCGCCUGAAUGUCUUAACGAAAACCCAACACUUGGUGCUGGCCAAGCAAAUACCACUAACCCAGAAGCUUUGGCAAAAUAUUGGACAGAGAUCAGGGAAUCUAUCGAAUCUGUGAUUGGAAACGCGACCGUUAAUUAUCUUCUUCUUCUUGGCUCACAUGCGCUCGAUCCAGACUUGCUUCGGGUGCUCGAAGACGUGAUUGAUAGUCGUGAUGAUAUCGAUCAAUCCAUUCUAGACCGGUAUACGAAGCCUUUUCCUUCCCAAGAUGAUAAGGCCAGGGCACUAUUUGCAGGGGCAAGAGAUGCAGCAAUGGUGGCUAGAUUCGGCUUGGAAUUUGGAUUUACGGCAUGCGACGAACCUUCAUGGUGUGGGACAUGGUGGGCUGAAUUAUAG